AUGAAAUUCUUCUUUCUAAUCCUUUUACUCGUGUCGAUUGCCCUUUUUGAGGUGACAACUGGCGGACCGGUGCCGAACAAGGAAACUGUGACUCACGAUCGUGCCCGUCGUCAAUUCGAUUUCGGUGGCUCAUUCCCGGGUGUGAUGCAAUCCUCAAUGAACAGCUGGGGUUCCUAUUUCUCCCAAAAACAAGGCGGAUUCAAUCGACAAGAUAAUAUGCUCAUGCUUGGA